AAAUCAUUCCAGCAUUGCACUUGCGUGACCAAAUUUUUCUUUUCCUUGAUAACAAUAAAGAAAUAAUUAGUGUUAUAAAUGGUAACGUAUCUCCAUUUUAUUUGGCAACAAUGGAACGUGUCUUACGAAAUCUUUGAAUUUUAACUUGUGGUGAUGUGAUACCAUAUUUGCCAAUAUAACCACACACAACACCAACAACAAUGGAUCAUCAACAAACAAGAAAAAAAAAACGAAAUUGCCGUAUGAGUCCUGUUGCUGAGAACAAAUGGGUUAGGGUUGGUCAGAAAGGAGCAGGUCCUGGACCAAGAAGCUCACAUGCACUAACCGUCGUGGGCAACAAAGUAUACUGCUUUGGCGGGGAGCUAAAACCAACGAUCCACAUCAACAACGAUCUCUACGUCUUCGAUCUCGAGAAUCAAGAAUGGUCCAUAUCCCCCGCAACAGGGGACGCUCCUUUCCCCUGUUUCGGCGUCUCGAUGGUCCCUAUCGGCACCACCAUCUACGUCUACGGUGGCCGCGACGACACUCGCAGAUACAACGGCUUGUACUCUUACGACACUCUCACAAACAAGUGGGAACUGCUGUCUCCCGUCGAGGAAGGGCUUCCAGGUCGUAGCUACCACUCCAUGGCCUGUGAUGAUCGUAACGUUUACGUCUUUGGUGGUGUAACAGCCAAAGGGCGUGUAAACACGUUGCAUGGUUACGAUGUGGUUGAUCGAAAGUGGGUUGAGUACCCGUCGGGUGGGGAAGCUUGUAAAGGGAGAGGGGGACCAGGGCUUGUGGUUGUGGAAGAGAGAGUUUGGGUUUUGUUUGGGUUUGAUGGUAAUGAACUUGGUGAUAUUCAUUGCUUUGAUUUGGGUACUGGUAAAUGGACCGACGUGGAGACCACCGGGGAUGUGCCUCCGGCGAGAAGCGUGUUUCCGGCGGUUCGUUCGGGGAGAGAGAUUGUGAUAUAUGGUGGUGAGGAGGAGCCGCAUGAGCUGAUGCAUAUGGGAGCUGGGAAGUUGUCCGGAGAGGUUUAUAAGCUUGAUACGGGGACUUUGGUAUGGGAGAAGGUUGUGGAUUGUACCGAGGGAGAGAAGAAGCCGAGUCCACGUGGCUGGUGCGCGUUUGCAGUUGCGGUUAAGGAUGGUGAGGAAGGGUUGCUGGUUCACGGUGGGAAUAGUCCGACCAACGAGCGGCUUGAUGAUAUGGUGUUUUGGCGUUUCUAGUUGUCUUAAUUAAUGUUGUUAAUUAUAAGUUUCUUGUCGUUUGUAAACUGCGUAGUCUGUGCGUUGUGUAAGGAGUUUUGUGGUCUUGAUAUGUAAGCUGAAAAGUGUCCGAGGGUUAAGGAGGUCUGUGUAGUGAGUGCGGACAUGCUACCUGUUCCAAUUAGAUUAUCAAGUUUGGUG